AAAACGAAACUGAAGACACUGGAUUUCCCAAGAAAGCAUUCGCUUUACAGAGAGAGAUACAUCUGUUUGAAUUUGAUGCGAGUUUCUGUAGUCACGGUCGACACACUUCACAUUUUUUGCAUAAUAUAUCUUAAGGAUAAUUACCAGACGGAGCUUUACUUUAAUCCAGACAGUACUGAUUCGUGAACUUCGGCACACUGUCCGAAGACGAGAUUAAGACAUGUCUCAAUCCAAACCGCUCCUCAUCCCUUGGCUGCGCGAACAGAUAAAUAGUGGCCGGUAUCCCGGGGUUACCUGGACCAAUCCGGAGCAAACAGAGUUCUGCAUCCCUUGGAAACAUGCUUUGAGGCAGGAUUCCUGCAGCGAUGAUGUACUUAUUUUCAAGGCAUGGGCUGAGGUUAGCAAUGGUAGGGUUCAAGGUGACCACUCCAUUUGGAAGAGAAACUUCCGUUCUGCCCUCCGAGCCAAGGGGUUCAAAUUGCUCCUUGACAACAAAAAUGAUGCAGCCAACCCCAACAAACUGUUCCAGUGGCCAGAUGAGGCACCCACAGGAGGAUCUCAGCACCCAGAACAUGAUCUGAAUCAAGAUCCCAGUCCAUUACAAGAAAGUCAUGGUCUACCAUCUUUUAAUGACUUUUACCUUGUAGCAGAAGAAACUGUAUACACAGCGGAGGGGAUCUCAACCACUAUCAACCAGGAUAUACUUCAGAAAUGUCUGCAAGGGUUGAACAUUGAACCAACAGCUAUUCAGUGUUAUGAACUCCCCGGCGAGGAACUGCAAUAUCCAAUGGAGGGCACGAUUGGAGGUCAUGUUUUGCUAGGGCAUCAGCAGUAUCCGGUUGUAAUGGAGGAUGCUGUGGGUGGAGCUGUGUUGCCCCCGCAACCAGUGUAUCCAAUGGAUGGAGCCGUCGGUGGUGCCCAUGAACAGCAGGUGGUGGAGCAGUUAACAAAUGAAUUGUCCAGAACCAUGGUGGGCGAAAAUUUUAAAACUCACUUCAGGGUUUCUGUGUACUACCGGGGAGUGAAGAUGCCUGAGCAACUGGUUGAGAACGAGGCAGGGUUCAGAUUAGUCUACAGACCUGAACUUACACAACCGCUUCUGGACCCAAAUUCUGGCCUGAAUCUGGUCUCUCUGCCCAGUCCACCACCUGUCCGGGACGAAACUCAGGCCAAACUGACCCAAGAUAUCCUGGCUCUCCUGGGAGAGGGCCUGGAGGUGGGUGCCUCCGGGUCCAUCAUCUACGGACUCCGUAAGGGUGAAAUUAAGGCCUUCUGGAGCCUUGACAAGUUUGACAAUAGCAGGAGGCCCCAGGGAGUGUCCAAAUGCCCGGAACCACUAUAUCAGGUCAAGGACUUCUAUGGAGGGCUGUUGAAGUUCAUAAAAAAUGAAGGAAAAUGUCCCCCCUUUUCUCUAUUCUUCUGUCUGGGAGAGAAGUGGCCAGACCCGGGCAACAGACCCUGGGAGAAGAAACUGGUCAUGGUCGAGGUGGUGUUAACCGCUCUGGAGCUACUGAAGUCAAUGGCGGUGGAAGGUGGUGCCUCCUCUCUGCAGUCUGUGGAACUGCAGCUGUCCUUGCAGGAGUCCCUGCAGGAGAUGAUGGACUUUUGCCAAAGAGGGACUGAUCCACCUACUGUAAAAUACUGAGUAUCCAUUCUGUCAUAACGUUUACUAUUUUGUAUGACCAUAUUUGAUCAACUGUUCAGAACCAAAACAACCAUAUGUGAGGGGGAAUGGGUUAAAUAAGCAUUUAAGUUUAAUGUCUAAUAGGGAACCUUACUCUGUUUUGGGUUUUUUCAAUGAUACUGUAAUCAAGGCAUGCAGGGUUCUAAAUUGCAACUAUUUUGGUCACAUAUGCUCCUUAAUAUUUUGCUGUGCGACCUGGAUUUUUUAUUUGGGAGCACCAGUGUGCUGGUGCUGAUUGCACACGUAGACUACAGAAACACCGCUAACCAAACAACAGUCUAUGUAUUGCUGUUGGUUGCUACACUCAAAAUGUAAACUUCUUAGAUUUGUCCUGACCUCAAAGGUGCCCUCAUGAUGUGGUUUAAUUUAGGACAAAAUGGAAUUAGCCAACAAAAAUGCCCAAACUAUGUAGAAGCCUAAUAUUCUACUCAUGUAGUUUCAAUGACAGGUAUUUGUAAUAAUUUUAGCUUUUUAUAAUAAACGUGUUUACAGGGUUACCUAUUCGUUUCUAGGGCACAACAUGUGCUUCAGAAGUUGUUUGAUUUCAUAUAGGCUAUAUCCACUUUUCUGGUGCUCUUAAAUGUUAUGUUGUGCUCCUAACUUUUUCAAAUUGUGAGCACCAGUUCAGGAUUAUUAAUUGAGGAUAAAUAUCAAAUCAAGCACAGUUAUUAUCCAUCUAAACUGGAGAGGUAAUGCAUAGGCAUGGCAUCUAUUUCACUUAAGUCUUAAUAAAUAAUAACUGUAAUAUGGUACGAUGGAUUUCACACCUUUAUUUAAAGGUCAACUGGCCAAUGUGUAUGUAUGAGAUUGAAUGCAUCACUCAUCAUAACUAUCUCAUCUCGUUUUCAAAACCACUCUUUCAUAAGACAAGACUUAACUGUAUGCUGCAGUGAGACUAAUUCAGACUACAAUAAAUAAAAAAUACCUUUAAAAUGUG